CUCGUGCAGUGCUCUAAUACGUAGGUGUAAGUUUCGUGCGAUUUUCAUUUCUAGUCGACAAAUACCACUCAGUGUGUAUGUAACCCAACUCUCAAACGUUUUAAGUUACUCAAUUUUUCCUAUAGACUGUAGGAACCCUGAACAUCCAAAAUUUCAUGCUAAUAUAUGUGUAAAAAUAUUUUUGAAAUUAAUAUAGUUGAUUGAAAUUUAGGACAAGUUUAUUGUAUAUUAAACUAUAUAUAGAACAUAAUAUACAAAACCAAAUAUUUACUUGUUGAAUUAGAUAAAAAUAUAUCACGUAUAUAUACGAUUUGUCGGAUUGAUCUUCCAGUAGUCACUCUGUAACUCCCAAAUUACAAUGAAGCACCUUCUAAUUCUCAUCAUAACAAACUCAUUAGUUUUCGGAGAACUCCAGUUCCCAUCGAAUUUUAAAUUUGGUGUAGCUACUUCUGCAUAUCAAGUUGAAGGUGCAUGGAAUUUAAGUGGGAAAGGAGAAAAUAUUUGGGAUUACGCAGUUCAUCGUACCCCGAAUGUUAUUCAAGAUGGAACAAACGGCGACAUAGCAUGUGAUACUUAUCACCAUACCGAAGGAGAUGUACAGCUUUUAAAACAGCUUGGGGUCAAUUUUUAUAGAAUUUCCUUAUCUUGGUCUAGAAUCCUCCCAACUGGAUUUAAAAAUAAAAUUAAUCCCGAUGGGAUUCGUUACUAUAACGAGCUUCUCGAUGCUUUAACAGCCAACGGAAUUGAACCAAUGGUUUCGCUUUUCCACUGGGAUCUUCCUCAACCGCUUCAAGAUCUUGGAGGAUGGACAAAUCCGUUAAUGGCUGAUUAUUUUCUAGAAUACGUUAGGAUUGCAUAUGAAAACUUUGGUGAUCGAGUAAAAUACUGGAUAACUUUUAAUGAACCUUCUGUUUUGUGUGCUGGGUCUUAUGAGGGUGGUUUAUUAGCUUUGGCCCCUUUCUUAAAAAGUCGAGGAGUUGGAUUGUAUUUGUGUGGCCAUACUUUAUUAAUUGCCCACGCUAAAGCUUAUCAUCUUUACGAUAAGGAGUUCAGAAAAAGUCAAAAAGGAAAAAUCGGUAUUUCAUUACAAGGAAUUUGGUAUGAACCUAGCAGUUCGAGUAAAGAAAAUGUUCAAGCCGCCAACCAAAGACUUCAAAUGGAGUUUGGUUGGUUUGCACAUCCAAUUUUCUCCAAAAAAGGUGAUUAUCCUCCAAUAAUGAAAGAGCGCAUUAGUUUUAUGAGCAAACAAGAAAAUUUCGCACAAUCGAGAUUACCGGAAUUUACGCCAGCGGAAAUUAGUUACAUAAGAGGAACAUCUGAUUAUUUCGGUUUUAAUCACUACACAAGUGCUUAUGCAGUUCCUGCCAACAUAUCCGGAGGGCCAUCUCAAGAUUCCGAUUUUGGUUCGUCUUUGUCUCAGGACCCACUAUGGGAAGCUGGAGCUUCUUGGUGGAUUCGUUCUGUGCCGUGGGGAUUCGGAAACAUUUUGAAAUGGAUUAAAAACGAAUACGGAAAUCCAGAGGUUAUCAUCACUGAAAAUGGGUUUUCCGACAAAGGUGGUCUUCAAGAUUGUAGAAGAAUCAAUUAUCACUAUAAAUAUUUAGAAGCACUUUUAAACGCUAUACAUAAUGAAGGAUGCAAUAUAUCUGGGUACACAGCGUGGAGUUUUAUGGAUAACUUUGAAUGGACUGGAGGAUAUAGCAAAAAGUUUGGAUUAAUUCGAGUGGAUUUCGAGAGUCCAGAACGUACAAGAACAUUGAAAAUGUCAGCUUACGCCUACAGAAACAUAAUUGAGACCAAAAAAAUCGACUGGAGUUUCACUCCAUCAGGAUUUGAAAAAUGUGUUUUUUAAUUAUCAAAAAUCUAUUUCAUAAAGGCAUUCAAAAAUUAAUUGAAUUUAUAUCUUUGAUGUACUUGGAGUACUAUGCAAAUAAAAAUAAUAAUAAGCA